AUGUUCCGCAUCCAACCCGCACGCGCCGUACAACGCGCAACCUUCUCUCGCGCAGCCAUCGUUCGCCCUCGCUUCCUCAGCACAACUCCAGCACGCUUCGCUCAAAAAGAUGCGCAAGACAAAGACUCGCUGAAGCCCCGGUCGACCGAGUACUCCAAGUCUGGCUCCGACGAUGGCGCCGCACACUCCGACGCUGCCUUCGACCCUAAACAGACCAGCCCAGAGGAGGCAGAGGCAACUGCUGAGAAGGAGGCUGGAGGUCCACAGAACAGCUUGAACGCCAGCCCGGGCAACAAGAAGGUCAGCGAACCCAACAGCCCAGACGUUGGUGGCAAUGGCGGCGCGCCGGACAAGAAGAGCAGCGGUGGAGGCAGCGCACCUAAGAACAGCACAGGAUAG